CUCGCAGCACGCCCACCGCGCGCAGAGAGUCCGGCUGUAACGGGGAAGAUGGCAGAGCGGCAACAACAGAAGCACGAAGGACGCGUGAAGAUCGGACACUACAUCCUGGGAGACACGCUGGGAGUGGGAACCUUCGGGAAAGUGAAGAUCGGUGAGCAUCAGCUGACGGGCCAUAAGGUUGCUGUAAAGAUCCUAAACAGACAGAAGAUCCGCAGCCUGGAUGUGGUGGGGAAAAUCAAACGUGAGAUCCAGAAUCUCAAACUGUUCCGACACCCUCACAUCAUCAAGCUGUACCAGGUGAUCAGCACACCUACAGACUUCUUCAUGGUCAUGGAGUACGUGUCUGGAGGAGAGCUGUUCGACUACAUCUGCAAACAUGGAAGGGUGGAGGACACGGAGGCUCGUCGUCUCUUCCAGCAGAUAAUCUCAGCUGUGGACUACUGCCACCGUCACAUGGUGGUCCACAGAGACCUCAAACCUGAGAAUGUCCUGCUGGAUGCAAGCAAGAACGCCAAGAUCGCAGACUUUGGUUUGUCCAACAUGAUGUCAGAUGGAGAGUUCCUGCGGACGAGCUGCGGUUCACCAAACUAUGCUGCUCCAGAGGUCAUCUCCGGAAGACUGUAUGCUGGUCCAGAGGUGGACAUCUGGAGCUGUGGGGUGAUCCUGUAUGCGCUGCUGUGCGGUACUCUGCCCUUUGAUGACGAACAUGUCCCUACGCUGUUCAAGAAGAUCAGAGGAGGCGUGUUCUACAUCCCUGAGUACCUGACCCGCUCCGUGGCCUCGCUGCUCAUGCUCAUGCUGCAGGUGGACCCUCUGAAGAGAGCCACCAUCAAGGACAUCAGGGAACACGAGUGGUUUAAGCAGGACCUGCCGGGCUACCUGUUCCCCGAGGACCCCUCGUACGACUCCACGGUGCUGGACGAAGAGGCCAUCAGAGAAGUGUGUGAGAAGUUUGAGUGCACAGAGUCCGAGGUGGUUUCCAGCCUCUACAGCGGAGAUCCUCAGGAUCAGCUCGCAGUGGCUUAUCACCUCAUCAUCGACAACCGGCGCAUCAUGACGCAGGCCAACGAGUUCUACCUGGCCUCCAGUCCUCCCCAGGGCUCCUUCAUCGAGGAGGGCAUGCCGCUGCCCCCUGGGGUCAAACCCCACCCGGAGAGGAUGCCCCCACUCCUGGCCGACAGCCCCAAGUCUCGCUGUCCUCUGGAUGCUCUGAACACAACGCGGCCCAAACCUCUGGCAGUGAAGAAGGCCAAGUGGCACCUGGGGAUCAGGAGCCAGAGCAGACCGUAUGACAUCAUGGCCGAGGUGUACAGGGCCAUGAGACAGCUCCGCUUCGACUGGAAGGUGGUGAACCCGUACCACCUGAGGGUGCGGAGGAAGAAUCCGGUGACAGGGAACCUGGUGAAGAUGAGCCUGCAGCUGUACCAGGUGGACAGCAGAUCCUACCUCCUGGACUUCAAGAGCAUCGAUGAUGACAUCAUUGAGGCGGUCGGCUUUAAAUCGGGGUCGUCCACUCCUCAGCGGUCUGGCUCCACGGCCGGUCUCCUCAGACCCAGACUGAGCAUCGACUCGGCCAGCCCGGCGAUGGACCUGCCCCAGCUCAGCUCCUCGCUGCCAGGGUCUCUGUCGGGGAGCUCCCCUCAGCUCACUCCUCGACAGGGAUCUCAUACCAUGGACUUCUUUGAAAUGUGUGCCAGUCUGAUCACCACGCUGGCUCGCUGACACACUCCGGACCUCAAUGCUGCCUGGACGUCUGAGAGGGUUUAAAGCCACACGCUGAUCCGGGCAAAGGGCAGGUCGAUGUUUGGAAAGACCUCCUCUCUCUGUCUCCUGUUCAGAUCGGCUCCAGUCAUGUUAAACUCGGCUCUCCGGUCACCGCUGAUUAAAGGAGACACAGAGAGGAAGACUUUCUCACAGACGCAGAUCAACUCCUCCUUUUUCUGCUUUACACACUGCUCCUCUGUUCAAACAUCAGGCCCUAAUCCUGAUCCUGAUCCUGAUCCUGAUCCCUACGGGAACCUGAAGAGGUCAAAGUCAUGAGGGGUCAACAAAGGUCAAGUUCACUCCCCCACAGAUAGUACGGUAGAUCUUCAUCUUGUCAUCAAAUGCUGAAAUAUCUCAGAGUCCAGCUGAAAGGUCCAGUGUGAACAUAACAUUCACAAGAUGCAAGAUAGAAACAAGAUACAACCAAAUAUGAGUCAGAUACAACCAAACAUGAGUCAGAUACAACCAAACAUGAGUCAGAUACAACCAAACACGAGUCAGAUACAACCAAACAUGAGUCAGAUACAACCAAAUAUGAGUCAGAUACAACCAAACAUGAGUCAGAUACAACCGAACACGAGUCAGAUACAACCGAACACGAGUCAGAUACAACCAAACAUGAGUCAGAUACGACCAAACACGAGUCAGAUACAACCAAAUAUGAGUCAGAUACAACCAAACACGAGUCAGAUACAACCAAACACGAGUCAGAUACAACCGAACACGAGUCAGAUACAACCAAACAUGAGUCAGAUACGACCGAACACGAGUCAGAUACAACCAAAUAUGAGUCAGAUACAACCAAACACGAGUCAGAUACAACCAAAUAUGAGUCAGAUACAACCAAACACAAGUCAGAUACAACCAAACACAAGUCAGAUACGACCAAACACAAGUCAGAUACAACCAAAUAUGAGUCAGAUACAACCAAACACGAGUCAGAUACAACCAAAUAUGAGUCAGAUACAACCAAACACGAGUCAGAUACAACCAAAUAUGAGUCAGAUACGACUGAACACAAGUCAGAUACAACCAAACAUGAGUCAGGUACAACCAAACAUGAGUCAGAUACGACCAAACACAAGUCACAUACAACCAAAUAUGAGUCAGGUACAACCAAACAUGAGUCAGAUACAACCAAAUAUGAGUCAGAUACGACUGAACACAAGUCAGAUACAACCAAACACGAGUCAGAUACAACCGAACAGGAGUCAGAUACGACUGAACACAAGUCAGAUACAACCAAACAUGAGUCAGAUACAACCAAACAUGAGUCAGAUACGACUGAACACAAGUCAGAUACGACCAAACACAAGUCAGAUACAACCAAAUAUGAGUCAGAUACAACCAAAUAUGAGUCAGAUACAACCAAACAUGAGUCAGAUACAACCAAACAUGAGUCAGAUACAACCAAAUAUGAGUCAAAUACAACCAAACACGAGUCAGAUACAACCAAAUAUGAGUCAGAUACGACCAAACACGAGUCAGAUACAACCAAACACGAGUCAGAUACAACCAAACAUGAGUCAGAUACAACCAAACACGAGUCAGAUACAACCAAACACGAGUCAGAUACAACCAAACAUGAGUCAGAUACAACCAAACAUGAGUCAGAUACAACCAAACACGAGUCAGAUGCGACCAAACACGAGUCAGAUACAACCAAACAUGAGUCAGAUACAACCAAACACGAGUCAGAUACAACCAAACAUGAGUCAGAUGCGACCAAACAUGAGUCAGAUACAACCAAACAUGAGUCAGAUACAACCAAAAACGAGUCAGAUACAACCGAACACGAGUCAGAUACAACCAAAUAUGAGUCAGAUACAACCAAACAUGAGUCAGAUACAACCAAACACAAGUCAGAUUGGUUGUAUGUGACUCAGACUGUCCUGUAGCCUGUACUUGUUGAGGCUAUUGAAGCAGCUGUUUUGGUUUUAGGUUAAAUCUCACAGCUCUUCUGGUAAUCCUCAAACUCUCCACUAGGUGUCAGUAAGUCCUGCCCACUGCCCUCCUUGAGUCCUGCUGCAAGUCCUCAGACCCUGAUCAUAGGUCAGUUUAUCUGAGGGAGGUCAACAUUUUGAUUUGAGCUUUUAUAUUCUAUAGUUUGUUAUUCAUGGAUCUUAUAUUUAUAUCACAAUCAUGUGACAGAGCUGAAGAGGUCGACAGAUAUACCAAAAACAGACUUUAUGCACCACAGAAGAAGACAACGAAGACGACGUAGAGAUCAGAUCAUAUUUAUUUUUUUAGACACUGUAGUUAUUUUAUUCUUUAUGCACGGCAUCAACAGAAGCUUAUUCUCCUUUAAUAAGAAGAGUUUAUGAUGAGCAGUGAUACACACUAUCUCACUCACAGCAGUGUUUACACACACCCCUGAGCCUGUGUGUGUGUGUGUGCGUGUGUGUGUGCGUGUGUGUGUGUGAUUAAAAAUGGUUUAAAUAAUGUGUUAUUAUAAAGUAGAGCCAAAUAUCAAACAUCAGAAACUCAUUGAUAUUUUUAUAUCUGAGUAGAAACAUACCCUCAGUGAGUCGUUGUUUUUACUUUGUUAAUGACUGAUAAUCACUUUGAAACACUCUCCCAUGUGAUUGGAUGAUACAGUGACAGCUGAUGUCAUGGAUCAGAGGAGAGCUGUCACAGGUUCUGAUGAGGAGGGCGGGUUGGAGGAGUUUCAGAUAAGUUAACAUGUUGAUGUUUGCAGCAUCUAACUUCCUGCUUCUCAUUCAGACGAUGUUAGUCUCACCGUAGAUUAAAGUCUGAGAGGAGUAGCUUAUUUGUCCUCUAAACACUUAACUAAUCAUGAAACAGCAGAGGACUCCCCCUCCUCCUCCUCCUCCUCCUCCUCCUCCUCCUCCUCCUCUUGUGAGAUGGUGUGUAUCUGCAGCCGGACGGUCAACGCCACAGAAACCUUCCUCACGUUGCCUUAAAGAGUCUGUGCAGUGUGUGUGUGUGUCAGUGUGUGUGUGUGUGUCAGUGUGACCCCAUGUCUCUGCUGUGUCCAGACGGUCUCUGUGAGUCCAGUAGAGACCAUGAUUUAGAUGUGAUGCUCAGUCUCACCUGCUGCAGUUUGCAGGUCUGUAGAGCGUCACACACACCUGACCUCCCUGCACCUGUCCCCGCUCUGAGCUCACUGAUGUUCUGAAAGAUCAAACUAAAUGUGUGUGUGUGUGUCCUCCCUAUACUGUAAAGACGGGACCCCCUGCUGGUACACACAUGCCACUGCAUACACUCCCAUGAACACUGAUCCAUGUGGACGCUGUUACACUCCGUCUCUGUCUUAAACCGCCUGUGUCCUCUGCCUCAUCUCUCUUCUGUCCUCAGUCCUCAGAGCUGAUUGGUCCAAACCGGUCCCCAGCUGAACAUCAUGCAUUCAUUCUGCUGCUCCUGAUACUCUUAAAUAGUGCUGACUGCAGUAACCUGCAGAGGUCAAAGGUCGUGUGUCACUCCUGUUAUAUCUAGUAUUUACUGUCAGAUGUUGUUCUGUGACAUCACACCUGUAUGCUACUGUAACAUACCUGUGGCAUGUUAGUGUGUGUACUCCGUGUGUGUGUGUAGAGACACGCAGAGAGCCUGAACUACACGUGUGUUUCUACCGAGAGCUCCCUGUAUCUGUGUGUGUGUGUGUGUGUGUGUGUGUGU